GAACAGCAAAAUCGCUAGUGUCAACACACAAAAACAAACCUAAGAACCUAAAACCUAACCUCACUUUUGCCUGGGACCACCUUUUAAAAUAUAUUUUAUAUUUUUCAGAAAUGAACCAGGCAGAAGUAACAAAACUUGUUUCCCAAUUGAGAAUAAAAGUAAAUUCAAGAUUACGGAAAUUCAGAAAUCCAAAGGGACCGGAGGAGAGGUUAAAUAAGCUAAGAAAAACCGUAACUGCUCUUAUCAAGCAUGAAAGAAUUGAACUCAACUAUCCUAGAGCUGAUGAAGCCCGAAUGUACGCCGAAAGACUACUUUCUGAUGCAAUUCGUUAUGGAGACUGUCAUAAAACGACAAUGGAGAUGGCAGACUACUGGAUUAUAGAGAAGCAACUGGUGCACAAAUUAUUCAAAGUUCUGGUGCCUCGAUAUGAAAACUUCACCACAUCCUAUACUCGAAUGUUACCUGCUCCUAGGCCAUACCCAGGUUAUGCAAAAGCUAUACUGGAACUAAAGGGCAACCCUUAUCCAUCACUUUUGCCUGAUACUCAUACAAAUAGGAAUUUAAUACAUAAUGUUUUGCUGGAUGAAGCUAAAAAAGCAUAUAGGUUACAAAAGUAUAAAGAAAUAGCUGAUAAAGUAGAUAAUGCAGUUAAAACUGAGGCACAAGCAGCUGUUACACAAGUUGAUGCUAAAAGUGAAAAUAUAGAAGUUGCUGCUCCACAAGAUAAGUCUCAAAGUGAAAAAACAGCAGUUGCUCCCAAACAGGCUGCUUCACAGGAAAAUGUUCAAGUUGAAACACCAGAUGUUAAAGGAAGCUUACAAAAAGAACUAAAUGGAGAAGUUAAAGAAAAAUAGUUUCACAAUUAUCAAAAAAUAUAUUUUAUAAAUAGUAAAUAACUUGUUUUUUUUAUGCAAGCCUUAAUGCAUUUAUAUAAGAUAGUCUUGCAACAACCAAAAGCCACGUAAAAACUAUUACCAAAAAUAAUAGUAUCUAUUACACCAAGAACAAAAAGUAGUUAGGGAUAUGUGAAAACAGGGAUUUUUACUUUGCCAUAAAAGAAAGAAAAGAAGAUGUUUCAAUGAAUGCAUACUGUUACGCUAUUGAUAAAAAUAUUGUUUUAAUAAACCUAUAGAAAAAAGGACGAAUA